CUCUCAUCCUCUCCACAUGCAUAACUAUUGUUGAUUGAUUACAUUCGAUGCGACAUAUGCCUAUAUAACAGUGCUUAAUAUCUAUCUAUCUAUCUAUCUAUCUAUGUUGAUGGUGUUGGGUUUUGAAGUUCUGAAGCUAUAUUGAAAGUGCUUCAAUUUCGAUAAUUUCCUGACUUGGAUCCAACUUUUACUAUAUCUCUGGUUACUUACUGCCUACUGCCAACUGCCAACUGCCAACUGCCAGAGAUCCUGAUUAUUGUUCUAUACUAUUUCUCAGUACUGAACCAUCACUACUGCUAUACUAUAACCAACCCUCAAGCCAAACCAAACCAAACCAAACCAAACCACAAUAACACAACAUAAUAAAAUAAAACACAGCAAAAUGCCCUCCCGCCAACCACACUACCAUCCCUACCACACCACAACCACAACCACACCACUCCCUCACCAAAAACCUCCCUCCCGGUCCUCCAAACCCACCACCAAAUCCAACUCCAACUCCAACUCACGAGGAGGAAGAGGAGAAGGAAGAAAAGCAAAAGCAAAAGAAAGAUGCUUCACCUGGCUCCUCCUCCCCUCCAGCAAAACCAACACGCACAUCGCCAAGAACCGCUCCUCAUUCAGCACGUACCGCCGAGCGCCAUGCAAGAUCGCGAACCAGCGAGUCCUGGGCGUGGGGACGGUGCAGCUGCGCGUGCAGCGGGCGCCCGACGAUCCGCGCACGAACGUCCUGGUGCUGAGGGACGUGUUGCAUGUUCCCGGGGCGAGGUGGAAUGGGGUGGCGGUUGAUAAGGCUGUAGGGGAUUGUUCUGGGUCGGAGGGGGAAGGGGAGGGGGAGGGAGCGGAGUGGGAUGUUCGGUCUCGGUCGAGUGUGGGGAGCUCGUCCGGGUCGGAGAGGGCGGUGGGGGUGCGUGAGAGGGAGUGUUUUCAGGUGAGGUGGGAGGUUUCGAGGGAUCAGGAUCGGGAUCGGGAUCAGGAUCAUCAUGGUCAUGGUCAUGGGCAGUUGGGGGAGGGGUUGUGGUUUGCUAGGGAGAGGGAUGGACAUGGACAUGGGUAUGAGAAUGAGAAUGAACAUGGGCUUGGGCUUGGACAGGACGGGCUGAGGGUUGUGUUGGCCGGGGAGCACGAUGAUGGCGAACUGGAAGGAGAUGAUGGCAGGGGCAUGAUGGGGGUGGUUGCGUCCAAGGAGGAGUUGGACAUGUUGAGCGAACGAGUCAGGAAUCGGUCGUGGGUUUGAUCUUGACCCAAAAGGUAUAAUAUAAAUAGAUGAUAUUGUUGCAUGAACCAUGUCAUACGAUAUAAUAAGAGGGGUGGUCUGGUAGCCUGCUGCCAGAGCCUGACUGGAAUUGAAUCAGC